AUGCCUUCUUAUACGUCGACGUGCAAUAGCUGGCCCUUCGAAGAUCAGCAUCACAUAAUAGCGAACGUCUCCAUUGCAGGCGACCCACAUGACAUCCAUAUCACUCUUCUACAACUUCAGUUUGAGGUUUCCCUUAUGAGGGAAGAUGUCAAUAUGGACCAGAGUCAGCUCAGGGAAAGUCUUCACCGAGAGAUGGAUUCCAUGAAUUGUGAGGUCGAUGAUAUAAGGGCAGGGCUGUUGGAGUUGUCCCAUUUGACCGACGGCCCGAGGAACCAUUUUUAUUCACUAUAG